CACAAAUCAUUUUGGCGCGUAAAAAAAAUCAGUUGUCAUAAAUAAACCUUGAAAACACAAAGUAAACUAACUUAACCAACCACGGCCACGGCCACUACCACUGAGCUAUGAAAUCCUUGAAUCUAAAAGUUUCCAGGCAUUUUUCUCUGCUAUUAUUUAACAGAACCCAUUCAUCAUCUUCUCAAACUUCCCAACUAAAUAAACCCCAAAUUCAGAAAACCUUCUUCAAAUCCAACACCAAAGACGCCCUCAUAAGCCGCUUAUGCAAUGACGGAAAAUUCAAAGAAGCCAUCGACAUCCUCUGCCACCAAAGGCGCUUAUCAGAAGCAGUUCAGUUGCUCCACCACAUAGACAAACCCUCUGCUUCCAUAUACUCCACCCUCUUGCAGCUUUGUCUUCACCAACGAGCUCUUGCGCAGGGCAAAUUGGUCCACGCCCACACCAGAGCCUCCGGGUUCGUGCCCGGGAUGUUCAUUUGUAACCGUCUUAUUGACAUGUAUGCGAAAUGCGGGAGCAUUGUGGAUGCCCAGAUGGUGUUUGAUGAAAUGCCUGAGAGGGAUUUGUGUUCUUGGAAUACUAUGAUUUCUGGGUAUGCGAAAGUGGGGCAGCUUGCUGAAGCUAGGAAACUGUUUGAUGAAAUGCCUCAGAGAGAUAAUUUUUCUUGGACUGCGGUGAUAUCAGGAUAUGUUCGUCACGAUAAACCAAAAGAUGCUUUGUGGUUGUAUAGGAUGAUGCAGAGGAGCGAGAAUUCUAAAUCUAAUAAGUUCACGGUGUCUAGCGUUCUUGCUGCUUCAGCAGCCAUUCAGAGUUUGAGAAUGGGGAAGGAGAUUCAUGGUUAUAUAAUGCGAACUGGGCUGGACUCAGAUGAGGUGGUUUGGAGUGCCUUAUCGGAUAUGUAUGGGAAAUGUGGGAGUAUAGAGGAAGCUAGGCGCAUUUUUGAUAAGAUGGUGAAUCGAGAUAUUGUUACAUGGACAGCAAUGAUUGAUAGAUACUUUGAGGAUGGGAGGAAGGAAGAGGGAUUUUCUCUGUUCUCGGAGUUGAUGAAGUCCGGCAUUAGACCGAACGAGUUCACCUUUGCAGGGGUUUUGAAUGCCUGCGCUCAGCAUGCUGCUGAGAACUUGGGCAAGCAGGUUCACGGGUACAUGACGCGGAUUGGAUUUGACCCCUUGUCUUUUGCAGCAAGUGCACUUGUUCAUAUGUAUUCAAAGUGUGGAAACAUUGAGAAUGCGAAUAAGGUGUUUAAUGAGAUGCCCUGCCCAGAUGUGGUUUCAUGGACUUCCCUGAUUGCUGGACAUGCUCAGAAUGGUCAACCUAAUGAGGCCCUUCAGUUGUUUAAGUUACUACUUGAUUCAGGUACUAAGCCUGAUCACAUUACCUUUGUAGGUGUUCUUUCCGCAUGUACUCAUGCUGGUUUAGUUGAUAAGGGACUUGAAUACUUCCAUUCAAUUAAGGCAAAACAUGGGUUAACGCAUACCGCGGACCACUAUUCCUGUGUAGUUGAUUUAUUGGCCCGAGCAGGUCGAUUUGAAGAAGCUAAGAAUAUUAUUAAUGAAAUGCCAAUGAAACCAGAUAAGUACUUGUGGGCUUCCUUAAUCGGUGGCUGCAGAAUUCAUGGAAACCUCACACUCGCAAAGCGAGCUGCAGAUGCGUUGUUUGAGAUAGAACCUGAGAAUCCAACUACUUAUAUUACUCUGGCCAACAUUUAUGCUACUGCUGGUAUGUGGGGUGAAGUAACAGAGGUCAGAAAGAUGAUGGAUAAAAGAGGGCUGAUAAAGAAACCAGGUUUGAGUUGGAUCGAGAUCAAGAGAGAGGUGCAUGUUUUCUUAGUGGGAGAUACGUCUCACCCGAGAUAUGAUGAAAUAGAUCACUAUUUGCAUGAGCUUUCGAAGAGGAUGAAGGAAGAAGGGUAUGUCCCCGACACGAAUUUUGUGCUGCAUGAUGUUGAAGAGGAGCAGAAAGAGCAGAACCUCUCCUACCACGGUGAAAAGCUCGCCGUUGCGUUUGGCAUUAUUUCUACUCCGCCGGGAACACCGAUCAAGGUUUUUAAGAACUUAAGAACAUGUGUAGAUUGUCAUACUGCGAUUAAGUUUGUUUCUAAGAUUGCUAACAGAAAAAUUAUAGUCCGGGAUUCAAAUCGGUUCCAUUGUUUUGAGGGCGGGAUCUGUUCAUGUCGAGAUUAUUGGUGAUUUGACUCACUCAUUAAUCUGUAAAGCAUUUUAUUUGAGUAGGAUUACAGAAACAUUAGCUUAAUGUCUUCUGUGCAAUCUGGGAGCUUCCCACAUUUUGUUCUGAGUGGAAAGAACUAGAAUCUGAAUUUUCUACA